CCUAUGACCGAGCGCACAUGUUUUAAUUAACUUCGCAUCGAUUGAAAAUUCUCUACUCUAUGCCGAAUUUCCUGCCGUUUUUGUUGGUUUUUGAUGGUGUUAGGAGCGAGACACAGAUGGCUGGUUCUGAGGGGUGUGAUAGUUGCUGAGGCAGUAGCAUUUCUGACAUCGUUUCGUGUCUGGCAUUACAUGAACACGGAUCAAGAGUACAGGCGCUGGAUGAAAGAUAACUACCCCUCUAUUCUAGAAGGUUUUUACACAACAGCAGAGAUGGGGGGGUAUGUCGAUGUACGCAAAGAUGAUCAGAAAACGUGGAACUCUGAGUGAAUCUAGAGAGUGACCAUAAGCAGGAUCAAUAUGAAAUGAUCACUGACAAACAGAUAUUGCAAAGGAUGUGUUACUGAUGUGGUCAUAUGAACUUAAACAAGCCCAAUGAAUACACAAAAACUUGUCUUGUGGCAGUACUUGAGCAUGUUCUGACCAUGAACAAGAAACAUUGAUAGACUGGUGAAUAUUACACACUUGGUGCACUCAACUGUAGACUUAGAUCAUCACCCUCUACUUAUCUUCUACUCAACAAACAACCAUAACUAAACCAUAACCAUAACUAAGGGUGUAGUUUGAACCCAAGCUAAGCUGUUCAGUACAUAUAAUAUUACAAUUCAAAAGAGCCAGGGAGAGAUAGGAACAUGCAGAAUUGUUAUCUCCAUUUACAUGUACUUUUUACAUGUACUUAGGACUCUAACGAGUGCCUAAUAAAGCAUCAAGGAAUUCUCACAAAUGUUUUUUGAUCACAAUGUCUUUCCCACAUGCUAAGGAUAAUAAAGCAAACACCAUUGUGUA